UCCCCUUUCUAUGGAUAUAUACCCCCAGGGUGUCUUCGAAGGAAGUUCUUGGCUCAUUUUGUAGGGACUUCCUAACGAUGAAAUAGCAAUUCCGAUUUACAAAUGAGAACAAGGUAUUGUUGAGUAUGAGUCAGGAGUUGAGGUGAGUUAUUUUCCCGGAGUUUAGGCAGUGUGUAGUUGAUUGAGAUUCGAGAGGAUGAAAUCGAAGAAUUUUAGGCAUGUCUUCCUAUGCGUUAGUCUGAUACUACGCAGUUUCAUUGAUGCUCACCCAAGAGCUGACAUGGAGCCAGAAUUCGUCGGGGAACCAACGAAUGUAACAGUAACAGAAGGUUCCACUGCUUAUCUAACCUGCGUUGUAGAAAAUUUAGGAUUCUAUAGGGUGGCAUGGAUAAGGGUCGAAAGCCAGACUAUACUUAGCAUUCACACCCACGUGAUCACAAGAAACUAUAGAAUUUCUCUGGAUCAUAAGAACCGUCAGAAUUGGAAUCUGGCAAUAACAAGCGUAGAAGAGUCUGAUAGAGGACAGUAUAUGUGCCAGAUAAAUACGGUGCCCAUGAUGAAGAGAGUAACUUAUCUUGAAGUUCUAGGUAUUAAAUCUUCAUAUUUUUAUUUUUAUAUUCAGUGAAUCCAAAAGCCACAUUAACAAAAUUUUGCUCACAAAAACGUCAGCAAAUUAUCAGGCAGGUA